AUGGAUCUGCCUUUGUCUCAUUGCCUAAAACAUAGACCUUAUACCCAAUUGAUUAUCUUCUUCCAAAAACAUUAUCCAAGUUUUAGUACCAGAAUAUUAAAUGCUACCAAUAGCCUUUCACACACACUUGUAGAGAAUACAAUCAGUGAGACCUCUCAAGAAGAAUUAUUUGAUGCUGAGACUGAGAGUGAGAAUGAGAAAAUUCAGCUUUCUUAUGAGAAUCUUUGUGAAUAUAUUAAGCAACAAAUCAGUUUUCCUUCUGACAGAUGUAUCAGUGUAUAUGAGAUAAUGAAGCACCAGGCUGUGAAAACAUAUUUUUUCAAUAGAAUUCAAGACUUUAGAAAAAUGGAAGCAUUAAUUCAAGCAAUGGAGAAUGUGUAUAACCAAACUAACACAUAUCUCUCACUCGCCAUCCGAAAGUGGGGAAAGGAGUAUAUUGUCACCAGAUAUAUUUCUCGGCGUCAACAGGGAAAAUUCAUUCGACCACCUUUUAUACUUGCAGAUGAAGCUAUUGCAAAUGCAACGUCAAACUGGAUCUGUCAGCAAAAAAUUGAGAAAAGAACAGCUAGCAAUGUUAAGAGAUAUAUUGAUCAAAUUUUGUAUCCAGUAAAAUUUGGAGUUGUUGGAGAUAUAUCUUUAUUUAGUAUCAAUAAAUAUAUGAAAACUUGGGGAUUCUCAUUCAGAAAAUCUACUAGCACAGUUUAUGUUAAUGGUCACAAAAGAGAAGAUGUUGUCAAAAGAAUGGAAGAAUAUUCGGGAGAUAACAAGGAAGUUGUUGAAGAGCCAAAAGUCUUGCAUAGAAGAGAUGGAUACUGGACAAGUGACAAUAUAAUCAAGCAGCUUACAAAAGAUGUAAUUUCCCUCUUUGAGUUGCUGCACCCGGACAGUCAAGCUGUAUUUAUAUUCGACCAAAGCAGCAAUCAUCAAGCAUUUGCAAACAAUGUCUUACUUGCCAAAAGGUUUACCUUGAACAACAAGCCAGUCAAAGAAGACAAAGAGUUUGAUUUUAAGAACACAACAUUUCUUUUGGAUGGUGAGCCUUGUCCUCAGGCUAUGUAUUAUAUGAAAAUGGAAACCAUAACAAAGAAGAAAAGAUCUGUGGAUAUUGCUGUAAAAUACGUAAAAGAAAUCAGAAAUGAAGAGCCGGAUUCUAAAUGCUGCGCCCACCACUUUCUUGCUGUCCAACCCAAUUUUAAGAAACAAAAGAUUAUUAUCUGUGAGGUUGUGAAGGCAAAUGAUCACAUCUUUGAGAUGUAUCCAAAGUUUCACUGCGAGUGCAACUGGAUAGAGAGGUACUGUGGACCUGCCAAGGAUUUGGUCAGAAAGAAGUCUGACUAUAACUUUAAAUCACUAAAGAUUAAUGUCAACUCUUAUCUGGACAGAGCUGUGAUAUUUAUUCUGAAACUUACAAGUGCCAGAAAAAAAAUACCAGAUCGAGACUUGACAUAUUUGUCAGAGUUGACAUCAUGGAUAGAAAUCCUUAAGUCAGGUAUCCAAUUGGUUAUUCCUUUUAACAUAUGCCCUCAAUGUUAUACUGAUUGGUUUCCCUUUUUGUUAAUCAAGACAUAUUAUAUUGCCUUCCAUAAAUGUAAAACCAAUAUGUCUUAA